CACACUCCUUGUUGCCUUCGCCUAUACAAAUCUCCUUCUCUCUCCCAAUCACUCCCCCUGCAAAAUCUUCUUUCCCUCUCCCAUGGUGGUUCCUCUAUUUCAAUCAUGCCCUCUCACCCCAACUUCAUCUUCAGGUGGAUUGGAUUGUUUUCCGAGAAAUUCCGUCGACAAACGACUGGAAUUGAGGAAAACAACGGCGGAUACUCGACCAGCAGCGGCAGCGAUGAAACGCCGGUUUUAAGCUCCGUCGAGUGUUACGCUUGUACUCAAGUAGGUGUCCCAGCUUUCCAUUCAACUAGCUGCGAUCAAGCUCACGCGCCGGAGUGGCGUGCCUCAGCUGGCUCUUCUCUAGUUCCGAUCCAGGAAGGAUCCUCCGUCCGAGCUCGCGUCAGACGUCUCAAUGGUCCGUUUGGCGAAGUUCUCGAUCCCAGGAGCAAGCGCGUGCAGAGAUGGAACCGCGCGUUGCUUCUAGCUCGUGGGAUGGCUUUAGCGGUGGAUCCCCUCUUCUUCUACGCGCUCUCUAUUGGUCGAACCACCGGACCGGCGUGUCUUUACAUGGACGGCGCGUUCGCCGCGGUGGUCACGGUGCUCCGCACGUUUCUCGACGCUGUUCAUCUUUGGCACGUGUGGCUUCAAUUCAGACUGGCUUACGUCUCGAGAGAGUCGCUUGUCGUUGGUUGUGGCAAGCUCGUUUGGGAUCCACGCGCCAUCGCGUCUCACUAUGCACGCUCCCUCACUGGCUUCUGGUUUGAUGUUAUUGUCAUCCUCCCUGUGCCUCAGGCUGUGUUUUGGUUAGUUGUGCCGAAACUGAUAAGGGAAGAGAAGGUGAAGUUGAUAAUGACGAUUCUUCUGCUAAUAUUCUUGUUCCAAUUCCUCCCCAAGAUUUAUCACUGCAUUUGUUUGAUGAGAAGGAUGCAAAAAGUCACUGGCUACAUCUUUGGGACUAUUUGGUGGGGUUUUGCUCUUAAUCUCAUCGCAUAUUUCAUCGCUUCGCACGUUGCUGGGGGAUGCUGGUAUGUUCUCGCAAUACAGCGUGUUGCUUCUUGCAUAAGAGAGCAAUGCAUGAGAGCCGGGAAAUGCAAUCUGAGUCUGGCUUGCAAAGAAGAGGUCUGUUACCAAUUUGUGUCACCAACAAGCACAUUUGGAUAUCCAUGCGUAUCUGGAAACCUUACCAGUGUGGUCAAUAAGCCUAUGUGCUUAGACUCUGACGGGCCAUUCCGAUAUGGUAUCUACCGUUGGGCACUUCCAGUCAUCUCCAGCAACUCUCUUGCGGUUAAGAUCCUCUACCCUAUCUUCUGGGGCCUAAUGACUCUCAGCACAUUCGCGAAUGAUCUUGAGCCCACAAGCAACUGGCUCGAAGUUGUUUUCAGUAUAGUUAUGGUUCUUAGCGGGUUAUUACUCUUCACGCUAUUGAUCGGAAACAUUCAGGUGUUUUUGCAUGCAGUAAUGGCAAAAAAAAGGAAAAUGCAGAUACGGUGUAGGGAUAUGGAAUGGUGGAUGAAACGUAGGCAGUUACCUUCCCGGUUAAGACAGAGAGUUAGGCGAUUUGAGCGGCAGAGAUGGAAUGCCUUGGGUGGAGAAGAUGAGCUAGAACUUAUACAAGAUUUGCCUCCAGGUCUUCGAAGAGAUAUCAAACAAUAUCUUUGCUUUGAUCUCAUUAACAAGGUGCCAUUGUUCAGGGGCAUGGAUGAUUUGAUCCUCGACAACAUUUGCGAUCGCGCAAAGCCUCGUGUCUUCUCUAAAGACGAAAAGAUCAUCCGUGAAGGAGAUCCUGUACAGAGAAUGAUAUUCAUCAUGCGUGGGCGAGCAAAACGUAUCCAGAGCCUAAGCAAAGGGGUAGUAGCAACAAGUAUGCUCGAACCAGGGGGUUACUUAGGAGACGAGCUACUCUCUUGGUGCCUACGCCGUCCAUUUACUGACCGUCUUCCGCCUUCCUCGGCAACAUUUGUCUGCCUCGACAACAUCGAGGCAUUCUCCCUAGGAUCCAAUGAUCUUAAGUACAUAACCGAUCAUUUCCGUUACAAGUUUGCGAACGAGCGGCUUAAGCAGACGACAAGAUACUAUUCGUCAAACUGGAGGACGUGGGCAGCCGUGAAUAUUCAGAUGGCGUGGCGCCGGUACAGGAAAAGAACCCGUGACGGAGGUGGAAACGGUUCGAUGAGUCCUGUUUCGGAGAAUAGCGUUGAAGGUAACAGUGAACGAAGAUUACUUCAGUAUGCCGCAAUGUUCAUGUCCAUCCGACCUCAUGAUCAUCUCGAAUAAAAUAAAUUAAAAAAAAGGUUCCAAAAUUUAUUGGUUCAAAUAAUUUAUGUCCUAUAAUUAUUUUCUUUAAAAUUUGUUCUUGAGAUGAUGUUUAUGUACCGCAUUUUGAGUUUUCUUCCAUAAAAGCUUAUGGUUAUCUUACCUUAUAGA